GGUGGAAAGCAGCCCUACGACGGGUCGCUUAUCUCUUGGCACGAUACCUACUUGAGGGUGACUGGCCCAGGUAUUACAUGUCAAGAGGACCCAGGUCAGAGGAGGUAGCCGGCUCUUCAAGGGGGGAGGGAUCACUCCCAUAUCUUGGGGAUGGCUACAGUCAUUUGGUGGGAGCAAACUUCGUCAUACAAGCUUUUCGAAAGCCACUCUAUGGAGACCGUUUCCUGGAGGUUUCUUAUGAUUACAUCUACGACAAGGGACAAAUUGAGAUCUUCAUCGGUGCCACUGGCAGCAUUUCCCUCGCCAAGGAGCUGUACCUCCAGACUGUCGCGCACGAGAAGAUGGCGAGGUGCAUGGCAUUUAUCAGCAAGAUCGAUCCUGCGACAUCUUUUGACAUCAUCUAUGUGGUCCCGGAGUCGAUAGCCACUCAGGUUCUCAAUGAUGAGGAGGACCAGCGUCAUACUCUAACCCGGUGUCCGACGUUAGAAAAAGAGCUCGAAGAAGGGAUUGUCAAGAAGAACGCCAAUGGGCACAUCUGUGAUGUCAACUGGAACAAGGUAGAUUUUCGAGUCAAAGGAGGAAUGCGAGCAGUUAUCCUAGAAAAGGCUAAAGCCAAUAAGGAUAAAAAGAAGAAGGUUAGGGUUAAUGUUGUCACCUUUGACGGUAUGCUACCUCCGGAGAUAGUGGCUCGAGACGACAAUCUUGAAAGUCAAAACAUGAAUGUAUCCCAUAUCAGCCAUAGAGAGGUUGAUGAAAAAAAGCGGGAGAAUGCUCAAGGAGAGCUAGACCAGUUGAUUGAUGGGACCAAGGACCUAGUGAAGAAAGGGAAAGGAAAGGAAGCUGCAGGGAAAAAGAGAAAGAUGGUCUUGAGAUCUGAGGCCGAGGAGGGUGUCUCGAUAGAUGAAGUAGUAAAAAAACUACUUGAGGAAACCGAGAUCACUCUAUCCUGGAAAGAGGCAGUAGCCUUGGUGCCAAAGUUUAGGGAAAAGCUAAAAAAGAUGGUUGAGAGGCGGAAGGUAGAAGUCAAUAGUCUAAGACUCUUCCCCCAGCAUGUGGAAAGAGCCCCGCCUGGUACCAAGAUGAGGUUUGGUAACAUGUCAUGUGGGUACUUGAAUAUCUCCGUAAACGACGUGAAGGUUAAAGCCCUAACGAAUGGGGUCGUGGUCGUCCAGCGAGACAUGUUGAAGGUCAUGGAGGACAUAUGCCCAGAGGUCACGUUCUCAUACAUCGAUGACAAUCCGGUUAAAGGACCGAUAGAACAGGACGAGACCCUAGUGGAUGGUCGAGUUAGGCGGUUCGUGUGGGAACCUGCGCAAGGAGUAGCGAAAGUACUAGAAAGGCUAUUUAAGUACAAUCUAACAGCUAGCGGACCGAAAUCACUACUGUUCCAAAGGGAGGUAACGAUCUUGGGUUUCAGGUGCUUCUUGGAAGGGAGAAGCCCCGAUCCUAAGAAAGUGGAUAAAAUUCUGAAUUGGUCUAUGCCUCUAAGGAUGGUUGGGGAAGUGAGGAGCUUCCUAGGGGUCUGCAGCUUCUGGCGGAUAUUCAUUCCCGCGUUUUCCAGGAUAGCCGAGCCUCUUAGAGAAAUGGUGCGACAAGGAGCUAGCUUAGGGUGGUCUGACCAAAGAGAGAAGGAUGCGCGGACACUUCAAGAUAAGUUAAGAGAUGGCGGGGUCGUAUUGGGAGUACCCUACUUCGACGAUGAAAGAGAGAGGUCUUUCAUCAUUGAAGCCGACGGCGGCCCGAUAGCAUUAGGAGGAGUGCUCGUGCAGCGAGAUGAGAAUGGUAAAGAAAGACCACUUCGAUUUGAGAGUCGCACUCUUAAUUCGGUUGAGAGAGGCUAUAUUCAGUUUAGGAAGGAGCUUCUGGCAAUCCUGCACUGUCUCAAGGUGUUUAGACACUACAUUAUGGGACGAAGAUUCAUCCUAAGAACGGAUUCUACGGCAGUAAUUGGGGCUGUUAAGAGACAUCAGCAAGUAGAUGCUACGGUCAGUAGGUGGAUAGCUCAUAUACGGACGUAUGAUUUUGUAUUAGAAAAGGUACCUACUGAUAAGAAUCGAGCUGAUGGGUUAAGCCGCGUGGAAUGGGGAUCAAUAGACGAUGAAUCUCUUGAGGAGGCACCUUUCGUUGACGAAUUCCUUAUGGGGGACGAUGAUGAAGGGCUACCUCCCGCUCCCAAUUGUUAUACGACCUCUGUCAGAGCAACGAGCAGGGAAGACUGCUGGGGAGAAAAGGAAGAUCCCUACCUCCACUACCUCUUGAUUCAAGAGGAUGAGGAAGAAAAGUGGUAUGGGAUGGUGGAACAGACCGUUGUUGCAGCUCAUGAGCUGGCUGAGAGUUCAAGAAUGGUUGAGCGUCGAUUGAAUGAGAUAGAGGAUGGGUCAGAGGAUCUGGAGCAGGGUAAAGAUGAUGAGGUACCCUACAGCCAGAUGAAGACAACGAGGUUUCGUAUUACCCGACAGUAAGUGGCACAGAGCCAGCAGAUAAAGAAAAAGGGGUUUG